GUACAAUGUGGGAGCUGUGUCUGCUGUGCUGGGUGGCUCUCCUGGGCCUGGGGCAGGCCUGUCCCAAGCCCUGUGACUGCGGGGAGAAGUACGGCUUCCAGAUCGCAGAUUGCGCCUACCGCGACCUGGAGGCCGUGCCGCCUGGCUUCCCAGCCAAUGUGACCACGUUGAGCUUGUCCGCCAACCGUCUUCCGGGCUUGCCAGGGGGUGCCUUUGAGGAGGUGCCCCUGCUGCAGUCACUGUGGCUGGCGCACAAUGAGAUUCGCACGGUGGCUGCUGGUGCCUUGGCCACCCUGGGCCAUCUCAAGAGCCUGGACCUCAGUCACAAUCUCAUCUCUGACUUUGCCUGGAGCGAUCUGCACAACCUCAGCGCCCUGCAGCUGCUCAAGAUGGACAGCAACGAACUGGCCUUCAUCCCCCGAGAUGCCUUCCGCAGCCUUCGCUCCCUGCGCUCGCUGCAGCUCAACCACAACCGCUUGCACACGCUGGCUGAGGGCACCUUCGCGCCGCUCACUGCGCUGUCUCACCUGCAGAUCAACGAUAACCCCUUUGACUGCACCUGUGGCAUCGUUUGGCUCAAGACGUGGGCUCUGGCCACCGCCGUGUCCAUCCCAGAGCAGGACAACAUCGCCUGCACCUCACCGCACGUGCUCAAGGGUACACCACUGAGCCGCCUGCCGCCGCUGCCAUGCUCAGCGCCCUCGGUGCAGCUCACCUACCAGCCCAGCCAGGACGGGGCCGAGCUGCGGCCUGGCUUCGUGCUGGCGCUCCACUGUGAUGUGGAUGGGCAGCCGGCGCCCCAGCUGCACUGGCACAUCCAGACGCCUGGGGGCACUGUGGAGAUCGCCAGCCCCAACGUGGGCGCCGAUGGGCGUGCCCCGCCUGGUGCACCAGCAGCCAGCGGCAGGCCGCGCUUCCAGGCCUUUGCCAAUGGCAGCCUGCUCAUCCCCGACUUUGGCAAGCUGGAGGAGGGCACCUACAGCUGCCUGGCCACCAACGAGCUGGGUAGUGCCGAGAGCUCGGUGAACGUGGCGUUAGCCACGCCGGGCGAGGGUGGCGAGGAUGCGCUGGGCCGCCGGUUUCACGGCAAAGCGGCUGAGGGCAAGGGCUGCUACACCGUUGACAAUGAGGUGCAGCCGUCGGGGCCUGAGGACAAUGUCGUCAUCAUCUACCUCAGCCGGGCUGGGAGCCACGAGGCGGCAAUCAUGGCAGGGGGAGGCCCUGGGCAGCAGCCCCUAGGCCUGCUCCUGCUGGGCCAGAGCCUCCUUCUCCUCUUCCUUGCCUCCUUCUAGCCUCA